UUUGCUAAAGAUAUUGAGGGGUAUUGUUUUUUUUUUUUUGUUUGGAAUAAAAAUAUCUUGAAAUAGAUAAGAUUUUAGAUUUAGGAAGAAAUGAGCUCCUUGUUUCGUUCGUUCUCUUCCUCUAAGCGUGAAGUUGCAGUUAAAGAGGCUAUUUUAGAAGCAUUGCAAGAAAACGUACGGGAAAUUGAAUACGAUGUGAAGGACAACAAAGAAAUUUUAGAGCUUUGUGAAAGUAGCAGUGCUUUGGCCACGACUAUGGAAGCAAUUUUUCUUCAUGGACUCAAAGAUUCAUUUUUGUGGCAGACCUUAAACGUUAUUACUGAACUUGAACGUCGACCUGAUCCGAGCUUUUGGUCUCCUAUAAUGGUUUUUCUACACAAGGAAGUUAUUGAACAGAUAACGACACUAUCGCAAUUGACUUCAGAAAUAGGUCAAUGCCGCGCCUGGAUUCGACUAUCUCUCAACGAUGGUCUACUUUCUUCAUACCUCAUUAAUAUGAGCAAAAAUUCAUCUUCACUAAGUCCAUAUUACAAAAAGAAUGCCCUAUUAAAGGAUACAGCGCGGCUGGAGAGAGCCGCAGUUCUUCUGAAUACAAUAGAGAACACAGUGCAAUUUAAACUUCCCUUUAACUCAAGUCUUUUGAACCAAUGGCCAGACUAUUCGCUGCAGCUGUCUGGGUUAUGGACUCCAACUUUGAAAUCAUGUCCGGUAUCAAGUGGUUUAGAUAUAGCAGGCUCUUUAGUGGAGGAGACCAUGGCAAUUCCCAUGCCGCAGCCGUUAUGCACCAAUGAGCUGUUUUCAGAAUCAAUUUCGAAUAGUCCAUUCCAGAGAAGUAACAACUUCCCAGUUGAAGAAUUAAAUACUCGCAUAAAUAUUGAUUUGUUCUUGCAAAAAGUCGAUGAAAUGGAAGAAGAUGACGAUUGUGCGACAGAGAUUCAAGAAGAGGCACAAACAUCAAAUACGUGCAAAAUAAACCCUGAUAUCCAAGAAAGUCGCACAGAGUCCACAGCUGUUGGUAGUAACUCCUUAAGUAAUCUUAUGCAAAAAUCCUGGUGCUCCGAGGUUAAUUCGGUCGAAAGCGCUGCUUCGCCCAACGAUGAUAACUCAUUUAAUUUCCAUCGUUCGCUUAGCUUGACCAGUUCAGUUAGCUCCUUGCGUUCUCCUGCUACUGAUAGAUACAGCUAUAAUGCAUUGUUAAGAAAACAUGAACGACAAUGCCAAGUGGAUUGGACCGAAGUAUGGGAGACAUUUCUAUUACAAAAUUCAGCUGGACAAAGUAUAUCACAAUCUACUCUCAACUGUGAUGACGAAUGUGAAUCGAAUAAAUCGGAUUUUGAAGUGGUUUCUGGAGGAUCUCUGGAAAAAUUUGACAUACAAGAUCUUCAAGAUAUGGUGGAGCAGCUGUGUAAACUGGCACGAGAACCAGGUCUUGAUGCACAAGGAUUUCUAUGUAAAUCCUGUCAACAUCCUUUAGGCAUUGGCUACUCAAAUUUAAGUGUAUGUGCCUUUAGUGGCUACUACUUUUGCGAUAGUUGUAUGGAUAUCGAACCAGUAAUAAUACCGGCGAAAAUUAUAUACAACUGGGACUUUCGUAAGUACAUAGUGUCCAAAAAAGCGGCUUCAUUUCUGGCAGAAUUUCGAACGCAGCCAUUUAUUGACCUCAAACAUCUUAAUCCAGACAUUUACAAUGCUUCAGAAGCAAUGGCUGAACUGCAAGCUCUUCGUAUUCGUCUUAACUUUAUAAGAGCCUAUUUAUGUACAUGCGAUCCCAAGAGUUUUGAACAAUUGCAAUGUCUAUUCUUCGGCAAAGAAUAUUUAUACGAACAUAUACAUCAGUAUUCGAUAGGGGAUCUAUCGCUUAUACAACGCGGAACAUUAUUUCAGCAAUUGCAAAAGGCCUUUAAAAUUGGCGAAGCACACAUAUUGAAAUGUCCUUUAUGUAGUCUGAAGGGUUUUAUAUGUGAGAUUUGUAAUGGUCCAAGAAUUCUAUACCCAUUUCACAUUGAAACAACUUUUCGGUGCUCAACGUGUGGGGCCGUGUUUCACUCAGAUUGCUUGAACGAAAAACAGCCUUGUCCCAAGUGUGAAAGACAACGUAAACGUGUAGCUGCAAAUUCACUUAAUCAAGAAAUGAGCGAUAAUGUAGGAUCUGAACAAUAAAUUAAUUUUGUGCAAAUUAUUACGGCUUAGAAACGUUAUGUACUAGUAUUUAUUUACACUGGAAUUGUUAUAUAUGUAUUAGCAUUAAGAGCAAAGCUUACAACCCAUAAAUUUAAGGCUUAACCCAUAUUUUCAAAUAAAACAGCAUACCUUUGCAAAUGCAAAUUUGUUCCAUUACGGAACUGGGGCAAACA